AUGGUUCAGCUGUCUUUUUUCGAAGAAAUCGCGGAUAAGGCGUCUCGUCUUCUCCCGACCCCGUACAUGGAGAUCGUGGAGGAGUGCACGAAGCCGGAGCUCUCCGUGCCGCCGUACGAACACGUCUUUUUUCUCUGCAAAAAAGCGAAUAACAAACCCGGCGAGAUCGUCGACAUCGUCCGCGCGCUGCGGCGCCGCAUCUCCGACGACAAUUUCGCGGUAAAGCACCUGAUGGUGUUGUUGUUGGAUGUGAUGGUGCGGAACUGCGGGCUCGCCUUCCACGCGGAGGUCUGCGCGCAAAAAGGGCUGCUGCGGGAUUUAGUGAACGUGGCGACGUCGGUGCCGACCUCCGCGCGCGAGGUGCAGGCCCACCGCGCCGCGCUGACGCUCGUGUUGAAUCUUUCGAUUUGGUUCGCCGGGCAUCCGGACCUCCGCUGCCGCCUCCUCGCGACGCUCGCGAAUGACGUGCGGCAGCUCGCGGGGCCGAACGCCUUUGACGACAUCACGCCGAACGUCAACGCCCGCAUCCACCUCGGCGACGUGCCGCCCGAUUCGGGCUGUGCGAAAUCGCCCUCGGCGAUCGCGGGAGGCAGGGGACGGGGGGGCUGCGCCGCCCUCCCCGCCGACGCCGUUCACGCCAUCGCGAUCGAUCUCCCGACGGAGGAGCGGAUCUCGGCGAUGCUCGACACCUGCGUGGCCCUCUCCGAGUACGUCGAUAACGCGCAGGUGGAUGCGCAGGGGAACGUCAUCCACGACGCCGUCGUCGUCGGGUUCCUGCAAAAAGUCGAGGAGGACCACAACUACGUCACGAUUUUGCUCUCCUCCAACCUCGCGGUGGAUCGGGAUGUGCUGCGGGCGAUCAGUGAUAAUCAGGCGAACGUGAUCGAUCGGGUGCGGCCGCGGCGGUUGGCCCCGGGCGCCCCCGUGAGCUCCGGCCCGCCAAAGGAGCGAAUCCCAACGGAGGCCUCGAGCGAACAACCGCCGGAAAGCCAGGCAGCGGGGAGAUCCAAAGCGGUCGAGGAGCCUCCUAGCAUCGACCAGAUAUUCAGCUCCGCGGCGGGAAGGGCGGGGGCGGGCUCGGCAUUGAGCCCCGCACCCCUCUCCGAAAACGACGCCGCGGGUGAGGAGGAUAAACCGAAAAAGGAAGCGGAGACGGGAAGGGAAGGGGAGGAGCACCCUGAGUACCGCGAAAGGGUGGAAUCUGAGCACGCCACGCAGGAUCCCGGCGAGGAUCUCGAGCAGCAGCAAUCACCCCCACCAGAUGUGUUAGGGGUAGCGGCGGAAGCCACAACAACCGAGAAAAACAGCAAUGUAGCGGAGGUUCCAGACGAAAAAGAAUAA